UAUUCUAUUUUGUAAAUUACAAUUUUUUUUACAAGCUUUUGGCUACUUUAGCAUUACCACAAAAUGCCGUGUGAACUACCCAAAUUACAUACUUUGCAAUCAAAAAUACAUAAAGACAAAUUAAGUGUUGUGCAAAAAAGAAAAUGCGAAAAAUAAAAGUUUAAAAAGUGAAAAUCGUAAAAAAAAAUCUUCAGAUUUUUGCUGCUUACAAAAGACUCGCAGCUUAAGUAAGAAGGACAUCAAAGCAAUUACUUUUACUACGUGUUUCUCGCUACGAUUAAAUGUUCCCUGCAUGUACAUACAUACAUAUAUAAUAUAAAUGGAAUAAGACGUGAAGGCAAUCAAAACUAAGACCAAAGAAUUGGCCGAUAAAUGAAGCAACUACAAAUAAAACAACAAUUUCCCACUAAAUAUGCCCAAAGGGCACUAAAGGCAACUCACUGAGCAAUUGUCAGUCCAACCGGCGAGCCAAUACCGACAGCCAGAAGAGCGGAGCAAAUUAUUACAACAAAUUGAACAACAAACAUUUGCUGGUAAUCGAAACGCCUUCACUUGGCUUCAAAGGAACGGCCCACCUACAAGCGUAAGCAAUUGGAACAGCAAUAACAGCAGCAAAUACAACAACAAGAACAACAACAACGGUCCACAGUGAAUCAUUUGGAACGAAAAUGGGAUUUGAAUUGGCCAAAACAGUUGUUACCAAUGUUCAGCACGAGAACAGACACCAAGCCAUAUACAUUGUUGAUCUAGUUCGUGAUGAUGUAGUUGUUGUUGUUGUACUGACUCGUACAUGUGUUGCGCAAUUAAUUAGUAUUUGCCAUUGGGCAUUGCUGAUCAAACGAAAGGAGUACGAACGGACAGGAUUUAACAAAGCAAUCAACGCAAAACCGUUAGACGCUCUUUACGCUUCAAAGAAGGCUGUUCAUGUCAAUGUGAGUGUAAAUAAUGGUAAUCAAAACGUAGUUAAAUACAACAGCAACAACAUCAAUUGCAUUAGCAACAAUCACGACAACAACACUGAUUAUUUCGACAUGCAACAGCAACAAAGGCAAUAUUUAAAGGAAGCAGGAAACAACAGCAGCAUCAGCAGCCAAAGGACUACAAGCAAAGAGUUCACACCCACGCAUACACCACCCAACAGUGCUCAGCAUCCGCCCAGCAAGCAUAAAUAUCAGCAAGUGUUGAGUAACAGUUAAAUUGUUGUGUAUACGGUACAGUUAUAGCAAAAGAGAAACUCAUUACAAAAACAAGAAUUAAUUACAAACGAAAAACGCAAAAAAAACGCGAAAAAGCAAAAAGCAAACGAGAUAAGCGCCAACGCAAUAAAACGAAGGCAACACAAUCAAAUAAAGCAGACACAGAAAAGUCCCGUAAUUAAAUCAAACGAAUUGAGAAAGAAAGAAAAAUCAGCAAACACUUUUACAAGCGGCAGCGAGACGAAAGCACAAACCACCACAAAAUGCAACGCUUACGAACGACUUUCACGCGUUCGCGCACACCAACCGGCGCUGAGAUGAAAACGCAAAAUAGUCUCGAGGUGCCGAAACAGGUGCGUUCCGCUUCGUUCGAUGAAAUGCAAUUAGAAGCACAACGCGUCUCCUCCCACCUGCUCAAGCAGCAAUCAUCGUCGUCGGCGGACGAACGUUCACUGGAUACGGGUUUGCUGCAAGUGCCACAGGCCGCGCACACGCAACGCUCUCAUUCCUUCGACUCUGCAGCGGCCUCUGCGGGCAGCGAUGACUCCGGCACAUUCCUCGAGGUGCCGCGACGUGGGAAAACGCGUCGAAGUUCGGCCACCAAAACGCCACCACCCUGCAUACACUGCUUGUACUUGGAGGAAUAUUUGAAGCAACAGAAGGCAGAACAGCGUUACAUGACGGGCGAUCGACCCGAGUCUCUAUCGCUCACUUAUGGUUACAGCAGCUCCGAUGAUGACACAGACCUUGAUGGCGCGAGUGUCACAGCUGAUGACGAGGUGGUGGAGGAAGAGGAAGAGGAGGAGGAAGACGCCGCCACCGGCACCGAAACAGGUGGCGGCUCAUAUGAGUACGACGAUGCCGCGCUGGAGAUGGAUAUCAGAUUGGGUGGCCUCAGCACAGGCAGUAGCAUUGAAGAGUCACGUGCGCGUCUGCCACGUCAAAUGCGUCGCCACACUAUAGGCAGUUCAGUGACCACUUCGGAAGAUGAAGGACUCGAAGAGUCCGAACAUGAUUCGCCACAUUUUGGCAACACUUUGCUGCCACCACUACCGACAACACCGUGCGGCAUCACAUUCACCCUCUCGCCCACGAACGGCGAUUGCCCGCCCUUUCCGUAUGCCUUUCCCAUCGAUCCCGGCUCGCCGCCACCCUCACCAUCUAUCUCGUUAUCCGUUUGUGACAGCCCCAUGUUGGAGUUACCACCACCACCACCCAUAUCGCCGCUGGAACUGCUACCGCAAUCACCCACAUUCGAUUUGCCAUUGCCGCCACCACCAGGCUUUAGCGGCGGUCGUUUGAGCGCUGCCGACGCAGAAGAUGCCGCCGCAGUGCCACCUUCACCAACAACCAUGCGUCCGCGUCGUCGCUCCAUCUCACGGCAGGAGGCCGUUUUCGUAGAGCCCACUGGCAAUUCGUUGGAGAACGUGUCGCAGGGCGAGGAUGUGAAAUCAUCGGUGGAGGCGGUAGACUCGGUGGAUGAGGCGUCCACAGUGGCUACGUGUGGCUCGCCGACAGCAGCCAAACAUGCGCUGGUUGUACGUGAUAUUUACCUAACUGUACCUGAUUUGAAGCGCGACCGUGCCGCCUCCGUGGACUCGUGCUUUUCGAAAAUGUCGUCGGCGGGCAAAACGGAGGAGUUGCAGCCCAGCGAGGAUGGUUGCUUUCUCACCGUGCCGAAUAUAAAUGCGACACGUUCGCGUUCUGUGGACAUUGUUCUGCCGACGGAUGAGCAGGCCCGCUACAAGGCGCUCGCUAUGACGGGUGCUUGCCGAGAUGGACGGUCAGCAUCGGCGAGUAAUGCACGACGGCCGAUACGAAUUGUGCCCGACUGGACGGAGAAUGCGGUGCAGGGUGAGCACUUUUGGAAGCCCACGUCGGCGUCCGGUGAUUUGUGCUGCUUGAAUGAGGAGUGCAUUAAAAGUGGUCAACGCAUGAAGUGCUCUGCGUGCCAAUUAAUUGCGCAUCAAAAUUGCAUUCCACUCGUCAAUGAAAAGACUCAAUUAGCGUGUAAGCCAACCUUUCGAGACGUAGGCGUAAGACAAUACAGGGAACAGUCGACCACGCAUCACCACUGGGUGCAUCGCAAAAUGGAGAAGGGCAAGUGCAAGCAAUGCGGAAAGGCUGUUCAAGGAAAACUCUUUGGUUCCAAAGAAAUCGUUGCGCUGUCAUGCGCCUGGUGCCAUGAAGUCUACCACAAUAAGGAGUCCUGCUUCAAUCAGGCGAAAAUUGGCGAGGAGUGUUCACUAGGCAACUAUGCACCAAUUAUCGUACCGCCCUCAUGGAUUGUCAAAUUGCCCACCAAAGGCAAUUUCAAAUCCUCCAUACGAGUGAACAAUAAAGCCAAUGUGACCAUAGCGGGCAGUAAAAAGAAAGGGAUGAGUAAACGGCAAAAGCAAAAGGAGGAGAAGAAGGAGCCGCGCGCCUUUAUUGUCAAGCCCAUACCAUCGCCCGAUGUCAUACCAGUGAUUGUGUUUAUCAAUCCGAAGUCGGGCGGCAAUCAGGGUGUGAAGCUGUUGGGUAAAUUUCAACAUUUGCUGAAUCCACGACAAGUUUUCGACUUAACGCAAGGUGGCCCAAAGAUGGGCUUGGAACUUUUCCGCAAGGCGCCAAAUCUGCGCGUAUUGGCUUGUGGCGGUGACGGCACAGUGGGUUGGGUGCUCUCUAUCUUAGACAUGCUCAACCCGCCGAUAACACCGGCGCCGGCUGUUGGUGUGCUGCCGCUGGGCACCGGUAAUGAUCUAGCACGUGCACUGGGUUGGGGUGGCGUAAGUUUUUCUUUUAUAUUUCGCUAUUUUUCAAUAUUAUUAGGAAAUUCUGCUCUACAGGGCUACACCGAUGAACCGAUCAGCAAGAUUUUACGCGAAAUUGGCAUGUCUCAGUGUGUGCUAAUGGAUCGCUGGCGUCUGAAUGUCACACCUAACCCGGAUGUGGAGGACGAUAACGUACCCCGCAGCAAGGAUAAUGUACCUUUAAAUGUGAUCAACAAUUAUUAUUCUUUCGGCGUUGACGCGCACAUCGCGCUGGAGUUUCAUGAGGCUCGUGAGGCGCAUCCGGAGCGUUUUAACUCUCGGUUGCGCAAUAAAAUGUACUACGGUCAGAUGGGCGGCAAGGAUCUGAUAUUACGUCAGUAUCGAAAUCUCUCGCAGUGGGUGACGAUGGAGUGCGACGGUGUCGAUUUCACAGGCAAGUUGCGGGACGCCGGCUGCCAUGCAGUGCUCUUUCUGAAUAUUGGCAGCUAUGGCGGCGGCACCCAUCCCUGGAACGACUCGUUUGGCCAAUCUAAGCCAGCCAUCGAUGACGGCAUGAUCGAAGUGGUCGGCCUGACCACAUACCAGCUGCCCAUGCUGCAGGCCGGCUUGCACGGCACGUGCAUUUGCCAGUGUCGGUCGGCACGCAUCAUCACCAAAAAGACAAUCCCCAUGCAGGUGGAUGGCGAGGCGUGCCGCGUGAAGCCAUCCAUUAUCGAAAUGAGUUUGUUAAAUAAGGCGGUCAUGUUGGCCAAACGCAAACACGGACGUGGCGAUGUGCAGGUGAACCCAUUGGAAAAAUUGCAUUUGACCAUCUUACGCAUAACAAUGCAGCAAUACGAACAGUAUCACUACGACAAGGAUAUGCUGCGAAAAUUGGCUAAUAAAUUGGGUAAAAUGGAAAUUGAAUCGCAGUGCGAUUUGGAGCAAGUGCGCAACAUGCUCAAUGCGAAGUUCGAGGAAUCGAUUACAUAUCCCAAGGUGUCGCAGGAUUGGUGUUUUAUCGACUCCUGCACCGCUGAGCAUUAUUUUCGAAUCGAUCGCGCUCAGGAGCAUCUCCAUUACAUUUGCGACAUUGCCAUUGACGAAUUGUACAUUUUGGAUCAUGAAGCCGCCACCAUGCCACAGACGCCCGAUCAGGAGCGUUCCUUCUCCGCUUACUCACAACGGAUCGGCGCACAAAAUGAGCGUCGCAAUAUGGAUCAACAAGGCCGUUCAGGCAGCACCGAUGAUUUGCAAAUCGGAAAACCUGUUAAGGUUAUGAAAUGGAAGAGCAACAAAGAUCGAUUGUUCAGUUUCAAUGAAGACGUCUUCGGUUAUGGAUUCAGCUCUAUACUGGAACAAACUUCCGAUGCCAUACUACUAGCGGCACACGAAGGCGACCUCAAUAUGUUACGUGCACUACAUGAACAAGGAUACUCACUGCAAUCAGUAAACCAGAAUGGACAGACAGCACUGCAUUUCGCCUGCAAAUACAAUCACAAAGACAUCGUCAGAUACAUAAUAUCGUGCGCAUCGCGACGUCUAAUCAAUUUGGCAGAUAAGGAUAGGGGACAAACCGCACUACACACCGCUGCCGAAAACAAUCGACGCGACAUUUGUGUGAUGCUUGUGGCUGCUGGCGCCAAUCUACAAGCGCGCGAUCUCUGCGGCAAUACACCCAUGAUGGUGGCCUUCAAUAAGAAUUGGACAGAGAUUGCGACGUAUUUGGAGAGUCAAGAACGUUUUCUCCUAAUGCAACGACAGUAAGGCGGCGCCUAAAUGUAGGCACCAAUAAAAUGCAAGAAGGUGAAAAAUAUAAAUAUUUACCAAAAAAUUUAGAAUAUGCAUAUGUUUAAGAGUUAGACAUUAGAUGGAAACCUUCUAAGUAGGCACUAAGAACAAUGGACGCUAAGUUAAGAAUACAUACAGAUAUAUUUUCUUUAUAUUAUAUAUUAACUAAAUUAAUUAAAAAAACGUUAUACCGAGCAAUUUAAAGGAGUAUUCACUUAAGAAACAAAUAAAAAUAAUAAUAAUUAAUUCAACAACAUCUUUUUGGCAUAAUUAAUAAGAAAUUUACCUUUGAUUAAACAAAUAUAACCUAAAAACUUGCACACACACACAUUCAAACGCAUAUAAACACAUGGAAUCACAAGUAAUUGAGCAAUUUUCGAAAUAUAAAAUAAUUUUGUAAUUAUGUAUUUACGUAUUUAUUGUGAAUUACACUUAUACAAGAGUUAGUUUUUAAUAGCUAAAGCCACAUUUAAUACAGUAAAUCGAAAAAAAAAAUAAAUCAAUAAAAUUUGUAAAAACAUUUAGUCUUACAUCAAAAAAAAUUUAGCUACUAAACGCGUAGCGAAGAAAAAUUCAAUUGUGAUAUGAGCAUUAAUAGGAAUGCAUUGGUAGGCAUGAAAAGAAGUACAGUUAGAAAAAGGAGUUAUCGAAAAAUUUGUUGGCAAUGAAAAAUUAAAUUUAGAAACACACUUACACACAAGUACAUUAAAUGUAAUUUAACUUAAAAGGAAAGUCGUAAUUAUUUUUGCGAAAUAAUCCAAAAAAAAAAUCGAAUAAAAUCCUAAUAAUUAUUAAGUGAAAAAUGUAAUUGUAAUAAAAGGAAAAGUUUUAUCCACUAUAAAAUUUAGCAUUUAAGCAUACACACACAUACACACACACUCCGAUCCAUACAUCCAUACACAGGUGUGACAUACUGCUGAUAUUUAAUACUUUAAGUACAUACGUAUGUAUGUAUAAAAAUUAGAAAUACUCAACGAACUUUAUUCAUAAAAACAUAUGAAGUAACAACAAUUUACUUCCCUUUCUAGUUUCCAAUUGCUUAAAUAAAUAUACUAUUUAGAAAUAAAUAAAAAACACAUGCAAAAUACUACACUUGUUUUGUUUAUUUUCUUACGUCUGAGUUUCGUUUAAGUUUUGGCUGCUUGCCUAAGCUGAAAAUGAGUUAGCAAUUUUUUAUUUUUUUUUAUAUU